GUACCACCGACUCAACCAUGCCCAUACGCCCACGGCCUGAGACUUCAGUGGCCAGCGUGCACCAGAGACAGGCCGAGAUGGAGGCUAAGUUUGAGGAGGAGAGGAGGUGCCGAAUGGAGAUCGAGGCCAAGCUGGAGCAGGAGCGGAAGCUGAGGGAGGAGCAGUCGGUUAUGUUGCACAGCAUGGUCACCUGGAUGCAAGUACUUGGCACGUCGAUGAACUAUGCGACGCCGCCUCCUCCCUUCGCCUUACCAGCUCAGCCUUACUUUCCUGCAGGACCUUCUGACACUCCCAAUCAGUCGUGGAACGCAUCAAACAACCCUCCUCCGGACCAGAACUCGCCGGCGGCUCCGUGGCAAUCUUGCUCCCCCCCACCUGACCGUGAGUGA